CCGCCUUCCCGCCAUAGGGGGCUGGGCCACCGUCUCCAGUGGCGCCUAGGCCCCGGGUCGUCUCCGGGGGUGAGUGGCCGCUGUCUCCCCCAAAGCUGGGCUGCGAGAGCUGGACGCCCCCGGUGCCUGCUCUGAAGUCCCCGGAGCGGCCUGAACAGAUUAUUUUAGGAAGAAAGAAAGCUGCAAGUAAAAACAAUGAAGUUCCUUGGCUUCACAUCUACUGGUGUUGUCCAUCUUUUAACCAUAUACACUGGGGCAGCUAUAUACCAGAAUGGUGUCUCUCAAAACACUUUUCAAGAAAUAAAAGAAGAAAUAGCCCAUUAUAAAGAUGUCGCUAAAGCAAUUAUCAACCUUGCUGUUUAUGGUGAAGCCCAGAACAGAUCUUAUGAGAGACUGUCACUUCUUGUUGACACUGUUGGGCCCAGAUUAAGUGGUUCUAAGAACCUAGAAAAAGCCAUUCAAAUCAUGUACCAAAAUCUUCAGGACGAUAGGCUAGAGAAUGUCCACCUGGAACCUGUCAAAAUACCCCACUGGGAAAGGGGAGAAGAAUCAGCUAUGAUGUUGGAACCGAGACUUCACAAGAUGGCUAUUUUGGGUCUAGGCAGCAGCAUUGGAACCCCCCACGAAGGUAUUACAGCAGAAGUUCUGGUGGUGACCUCUUUCGAUGAACUGCGCAGAAGAGCCUCAGAAGCAAGAGGGAAGAUUGUUGUUUAUAAUCAACCAUAUGUCAACUACUCAAAGUCAGUGCAAUACCGAGUCAGUGGAGCAGUGGAAGCUGCCAAAGUGGGGGCUUUGGCUUCCCUCAUUAGGUCUGUGACUUCGUUUUCUAUUUACAGUCCUCACACAGGUAUUCAGAAAUAUCAGGAUGGUGUUCCGAAAAUCCCAACAGCCUGUAUUACCGUGGAAGAUGCAGAAAUGGUGGCGAGAAUGGCUUCUCGUGGGAGCAGAGUUGUCGUCCAGCUGAAGAUGGGGGCAAAGAACUACCCGGAUGUUGACUCCUUCAACACUGUGGCAGAGAUCAUUGGGAGAAAGUAUCCAGAACAGGUUGUACUGGUCAGUGGACAUCUGGACAGCUGGGAUGUUGGCCAGGGUGCCAUGGAUGAUGGUGGUGGAGCCUUUAUAUCAUGGGAAGCUCUCUCACUUAUUAAAGACCUUGGGCUGCGUCCAAAGAGGACGUUGCGUUUGGUGCUCUGGACGGCUGAAGAACAGGGUGGAAUUGGUGCCUUCCAGUAUUAUCAGCAGCACAAGGCCAAUAUUUCCAACUAUAGCCUGGUGAUGGAGUCUGAUUUAGGAACAUUCUUGCCCUCUGGGCUGCAGUUCACCGGCAGUGAAAAGGCCAGGGCCAUCAUGAAGGAGGUCAUGAAACUGCUGCAGCCCAUCAAUGUCACACAGCUCUUCACAGCUGGAGAAGGGACAGACAUUAGCUUCUGGAUCCAAGCUGGAGUGCCUGGAGCCAGUCUACUUGAUGACCUCUAUAAAUACUUCUCUUUCCAUCAUUCCCGUGGUGACACCAUGACAGUCAUGGAUCCAGAGCAGAUGAAUGUUGCCGCUGCUGUGUGGGCUGUUGUCUCUUAUGUCAUUGCAGACAGAGAAGAAAUGCUGCCCAGAAACUAGCAAGAAUAAGAGAGGGGCCACUUUGAUCCUUUCUGGCCAGGAAUGUUACAUUUGCAGCUUCAGGAUGGCCCCUCUUCACCUAAAUACUGCUUCUGGUCCUUUUUCAAGGCACAAUACUAUAUAUAUAUAUUUUUUCCUCUGUUAUCUUUUGUGAUAUUUCACAGAUUCUCUGUUGAUAAUCUAUGAAUGAUUCCCAUCCCCAAGUAAAAUCAGCAUACAGCUGGGAUUACAUUGGGGGCAUUUCUUUAUACCUUCUUAAAUAUAUAUGGUUUCUACUUUGAAAGUAAAUACACAGUAAAUCUCUGAAAGAUUUCUGAUUUUAUUAUUUCAUUUAUGAGCAUGAAAUUAAAUAUACUGACACCACUG